UGAAAAUCACCAGAACCUUCUUCAACGCAGAGCAGAGGGCUAAGCUUCUUCAUCGAUUAACGAUGGCGGACGACGAUUAUACCGAGAUGGAUAUGGGGUACGAGGAUGAGCCACCAGAGCCUGAAAUAGAAGAAGGCGCAGAGGAAGAUGUGGAUAACAACAACAAUGAUGACACUGGCGGGGAACCUAUUGAAGCUGAGGACAAAGCAGAUGAAGAACCCGUCGAACAUCCUCGCAAAACUUCGAAAUAUAUGACCAAAUAUGAACGUGCUAGAAUAUUGGGUACGCGUGCCCUGCAGAUCAGCAUGAAUGCGCCUGUAAUGGUUGAGCUGGAAGGUGAGACAGACCCACUUGAGAUUGCAAUGAAGGAGCUUCGUGAACGGAAGAUUCCCUUUACUAUACGCCGCUACCUGCCUGAUGGAAGUUACGAGGACUGGGGAGUCGACGAACUGAUCGUGGAGGACUCGUGGAAGAGGCAAGUUGGUGGUGAUUGAAUCUGUUCUCACUGGGGCGUGGAGGAUGGUUCUCAGGAAUUGUACAUCAUUAGAAUUCUGUCAUGAAAUGGAUUUGAACAUUUUGGUACCGAGACAGUGAGAGUGAUUCUAUGUAUACUCGUAAAAUUUGGACGCAGUGCUGUUGUUAUUAAUGUGAAAAUUAGAUUCAUGCAGUAACCGAAUCGGCAAGAAUUCUUAUCUGUCUUAUAAAACCUGACUAACAAGUUUUAUUGUUUUGGAGAGAGAUGUUUAUUUGACAAUGAGAAAUGUGGGAAAGUUAUGUA